AUUAUUAGUGUAUAGAAACAACUGAUUUUUGUAUAUUGACUUUGUAUCCUGUAACUUUACUGAACUCAUUUAUUAAUUCUAACAGUUAUUUGGCAGUCUUUAGGGGUUUCUGUAUAUAUCAUCUUCAAAUAGUGACAGUUUUACUUAUUCCUUUCCAAUUUGGGUGUCUUUUAUUUUUCUUGCCUAAUUGUUCUGACUCAGACCUCUAAUACUGUGUUGAAUUAAAGUGGUGAGAGUGGGCAUCCUCAUCUUGUUUUGUUCCUGAUCUUAAAGGGAAAGCUUUGAGCUUUCCACCAUUGAGUAUAAUGUUAACUGUGUUUAGUUUUUAUUGUGUUGAGAUACUCUCCCUCUGUACCUAUUUUGUUGAGAGUUUAUGUUAUAAGUAGAUGUUGAAUUUUGUCAAGUGCUUUUUUUGCAUUAUUGAGAUGAUACAUGAUUUUUACAAUUCAUUUUGUUAUAUGCUAUAUCACAUUGAUUUGCAGGUAUUGAACAAUCCUUAAAUCCCUGGAAUAAAUCCCACUUGAUCCUGGUGUAUAAUCCUUUUAAUGUAGUGUUGAAUUCAGUUUGCUACUUUGUUGGGGAUUUUUGCUUCUGUGCUCAUCAGGGAUAUCGCCCCUAAUUUUUUUUCUUAUAAUAACCUUGCCUAGGUUUGGUAUCAAGAUAAUGCUGGCCUCAUAAAAUGAGUUUAGAAUUUUCCCUCCUCUUCUAUUUCUUGGAAUAGUUUGAGAAGGAUUAGUAUAUUUAAAUUCUUGUUUAAAUGGUAGAGUCCUCCUGUGAAGACAUCUGGACUUGAACUUUUGUUUGUUGGGGUAUUUUUUAUUACUGAUUCAGUCUUCUUAUUAGUACUUGGUCUGUUAGAUUUUCUGUUUCUUUGUAAUUCGGUCUGGUAGGUUGUGUGUUCAAAGAAUUUAUCCAUUUCUUCUAGAUUGUCCAGUUUGUUGGCACUGAUUUAUUUUAGAUCAGUGUGUCUUAAACUUUAAUAUGUGUAUAUGAAUCAACUAGGGAUCUUAUUAAAAGGCUGAUUAUGGUCCCAUAGGUCCUGUUGUUGGUCCUGAGAUUUUGCAUUUCUCAUAAGCUUUGGUGAUGCUGCUGGUCUUCAAACUACAUGUUUGAAUACAAACCUCUUGAAUGUGGACUCUUAGAGGCAAAUUGUCCACUAAGGCAGGGACAGAUUCAGCUUAGGUUCCUUUGGACCCCAGAAGCCCUACAGGGUGGUAAAAAUGUUGAACUGCUUAGAAAACUGUCAUUAAAAAAGUAGAAUUUCACAGGCUCUGGGAAGCUCAAUUCUCAUUGUGUUACUGCCCUGUUAUUUGUCAUUCUGCAGCUACACAUCUAAAAGAAGGUUUACAAACAUCACGCUAUUCUUGUUUUUGAACCAAACUUAGCAUCAGCAAGGCCAUAACCUUAAUCAAGGUAGAAAAAGCAGUUUGCUGCCCAGGGUGCCUGAACAAGAUUUUUGCCCUACAGGGCAAAUAAUAUGAUUACAUUAAGCAGCAUAUACCUUCUUUAAUUUUAAAAAACACUACUGCUUAGUGCUUUGUGCAUUUAAUUCCACUUUCUUUUAUAUUUAUUGUUAUCCUUGCUUCCUUUUUAUUUGGGUUUGCCUGAUGGAAAGGGUAGAUAAAGAUCUGUUUGAAUAUGAGAUUUAGACAUGUCAAGGUUUCUAAUAGCUUUUAAGUGUGGAAGUUGUAGUGUUCUCUUUACAUAAAGUUGAGGUCUCUACAAUUUUAGCAAAUUGACUCGUCACAGGAAACAUAGGAGAAAGAAUUCUUAGAAUUUCAUUUUUUAAUGAGUAGGUGAUUGUGACAAGGUUGAAUUAUUUUCUUUCAUAUCACACAUCAAGUUAAUGUAAUGGAAAAGGUGUGGGCAAUGAUAGACUGAUUUGGAGUAAUGCAUAACCUUGGGUGAAUAGUUCAAUUUUUCUAAGUCUCAAUUUCUUCAUGUAUGGAACAGGAAUAUAAUUCCCAAUAAGUUGAUGUGAAGAUCAAAUAAGAAAAUAUUUCAAAGCUCUUUGGCCUCCUAGCCGUGAGUACAUUUAAUGAUAUUAAAAUCUCAGAACAGCUAGGAGCAAGAAUCUUCUUUUCUGUUAGGAAGAAUCUUAUAUCUGUUAGGAAAAUCAUGUUAACUUGUAAUGUCAGGAUUCCAACUUGGUGAGCCUGAGAUUUCUAAGGUAGGACUGGUUUUUAUGGCUUAUUUCUCUUUCUCAGAUAUGUCUUUGCAGGUCUCCCCUCUUUCCAGAGAGGGCAACACAGAAGAAGAGAUUAUGGCUGCUGUGAUUUUUUCCGUUGGACCUCUGGGACUAUUCCCCUGUGCCCACCCUCAGUGAUCUCUCCUUUUCUACCCACUAAGAAGUGAUCAAGCUUAAUAGAUGACAUGGAGAGAAAGAAGAUGUUUAAGACACAGUGCUUGGCUGUAGGGAGCUUACAGUCUCAUUGAGAGUCCUGAAGUUUCCCGGUCAGGUGAAGAUCUUCACUUUCAGGCAGAAGAACCAGAAUUGGUAAAGGAUUCAGUGACAUUUAAAGAUGUGGCUAUAGACUUCACAUUAGAAGAGUGGAGGUUGAUGGACCCUUCACAGAGGAACCUGCACAAGGAUGUGAUGCUAGAAAAUUAUAGGAAUCUUGUCUCCCUGGGGCUUGCAGUUUCCAAACCAGACAUGAUAUCUCAUUUGGAGAAUGGAAAAGGACCAUGGGUGGUAGUGAGGGAAAUUUCAAGACCUCCCUAUCCAGAGUUGGAGACCAAACCUGCAACCAAGAAUGUUAUACCAACAGAGGAUAUUUCUGAAGAUUUAUCACAGGACACCAUAGUAGAGAAGUUCACAGGGAAUAGUCUAUGGGACUCUACAAUGGCAAGAAUAUGGAACUGGGAUGAAAGGAUAUUGAGAUCACAAAAUAGUCAAGAAAGUCAUUUGAGUCAAAGAAUAGUAACACAAAAAAAAACUCCCACAAGCUUUAGAUUUGGAUCUAUUCCUUUUUCAGAACCAGGAGUUAUCUCAGAAGAAGAGGCCCACAGCAAAUGCCAGACACAUGAGGAAAUUUUCACUGAGAAUUUGAUUACAAAUAUCCAUCUAGGGAAGAACAUUUGCAAUGAUACAGAAGCCAACAAGUCCAUAAGGCCUACUUCAGAACUUACUUUAGGGAAAAAACACAAUAAUAAAGAAAAACCCUAUAAAUGUAGUACAUGUGAAAAGGCUUUUCGUUAUAGGUCAUUACUCAUUCAACAUCAGAGAACCCAUACAAAAGAAAAACCUUAUGAAUGCAAUGAAUGUGGGAAAAUGUUUAGCCAGCCUUCAUAUCUUAGUCAACAUAAAAAAAUUCACACUGGAGAAAAACCCUAUAAAUGUAAUGAAUGUGGAAAGGCCUUCAUUGCUUCUUCAUCACUUAUGGUACAUCAGAGAAUUCAUACUAAGGAGAAACCUUAUCAAUGCAAUGUCUGUGGAAAAUCUUUUAGCCAGUGUGCUCGUCUUAAUCAACACCAGAGAAUUCAAACUGGAGAGAGGCCUUAUAAAUGUAAUGAAUGUGAGAAAGCUUUCAGUGAUAAAUCAAAACUUGCAAGACAUCAGGAAACUCACAGUGGAGAGAAACCCUACAAAUGUAAUGACUGUGGGAAAGCCUUUAGGAAUAAGUCAUAUCUUAGCGUACAUCAGAAGACACAUACUGAAGAGAAACCAUAUAAAUGCAAUGAAUGCGGGAAAUCUUUCAAGAAUACCACAAUUUUUAAUGUUCAUCAGAGAAUUCAUACUGGAGAGAAACCUUUUAGAUGUAAUGAAUGUGGGAAAGCCUAUAGAAGUAAUUCAAGCCUUAUUGUACAUAUAAGAACACAUACUGGGGAAAAACCCUAUGAAUGUAAUGAAUGUGGGAAAGCAUUCAAUCGCAUUGCAAAUUUCACAGAACAUCAGAGAAUUCAUACAGGAGAAAAGCCCUAUAAGUGUAAUGAAUGUGGGAAGGCAUUCAUUAAUUAUUCAUGCCUUACUGUACACCACAGAAUGCAUACAGGAGAAAAACCUUAUAAAUGUAAUGAAUGUGGAAAGGCCUUCAUGCGUUCUUCAUCUCUAAUUAUACAUCAGCGAAUUCAUACAGAAGAGAAACCUUAUUUAUGUAAUGAAUGUGGGGAAUCUUUCAGAAUAAAAUCACACUUAACUGUACAUCAAAGGAUUCAUACUGGAGAGAAACCAUAUAAAUGUACUGACUGUGAGAGGGCAUUUACAAAAAUGGUAAAUCUCAAGGAACAUCAGAAAAUUCAUACUGGAGUGAAACCCUAUAAAUGUUAUGAUUGUGGGAAAUCCUUCAGGACUAAGUCAUAUCUUAUUGUACAUCAAAGGACCCAUACUGGAGAAAAACCAUAUAAAUGUAAUGAAUGUGAGAAAGCUUUCACUAAUACAUCACAACUUACUGUGCAUCAAAGAAGGCAUACUGGGGAAAAACCCUAUAAAUGUAAUGAUUGUGGGAAGGUUUUCACAAGUAACUCAGGCUUUAAUACCCAUCAGAGAACACAUACUGGAGAGAAACCAUUUAAAUGUCAUGACUGUGGGAAGGCAUUCAGCCAGAUGGUACAUGUCACAGAACAUCAGAAAAUCCAUAGUGGAGAGAAACCCUAUAAAUGUGAUGUCUGUGGAAAAGCCUUCAGGAGGGGUUCAUACCUUACAGUUCACUGGAGAACACAUACUGGAGAAAAACCCUAUAUGUGUAAGGAAUGUGGGAAGGGUUGUAUUACUCUAUCACAGCUAACUCUACAUCAGAGAAUUCAUACUGGUGAGAGGCCCUAUAAAUGUGAAGAAUGUGGAAAAGCCUUCAGAACUAACUCUGAUUUUACUGUACAUCUGAGGAUGCAUACUGGAGAAAAACCCUAUACAUGUAAGGAAUGUGGAAAAGCCUUUAGGAGCAGCUCAAGCCUUACUGUACAUCAAAGAAUACAUCAGAGAGAAAUGCAGUUAAUAUAGAUAACAAUUAAUCAUUCACCCAGAUGUCAGCUCCCCAAGAAUAAUAAACUAAUUUUUAUGAAUGUGGAAAAACUUUCAGGAGCAAUUUACCAGAAAAUACAUACUAAAGAGACACGAUAAAGAUAAGAAUAUGGGAAAACAUUUAGUCAUAUUAAACCUUAGAAGUUAUAGGAAAAUUCCCAAUAGAGAAAAAUACAGGACAAAUAAAAGCCUUCAUCCAGAUUUCAUACUUUAUUCAUUGAACAAAUUAUCUCCAAUGAAUUGCCUCUGUAUUUUUUACUUGUUUGGUUUGUGUGUCUUAUCAAUCUGGAGGUGCUAUUUAUAUAUUUGAAAUAUUAAAUGGUGUGUUGCAAAUGUUUUCCAUAAGCAUUUGUCUUUAUACUUUUUUAUGUAGUAAAAGGUGUCACCACAUAUUUUAAUUUUUUAUAGUAAAAUGUCUUUUCCUUUUUAGAGUCUUUAAGUACUCUUUUAGUUAAAGGGUCUUCUUAAUCCUUAGGUUGUACAUAGACACCUAAAUUUGUUCCUGAUUGGUUUUUAAGAUUUUCACAUGUCCUAUGUUUAAUGAGAAAGGAUUAAAGUGUUUAACAGACCAGUAUAUACAUUUUUACAUUUAUCUUUCAGAUCAUAUAAUUUUUCCUCAAAAUCUGCAUAUUCUUGUGUUGUUUCCAAUAGUAGAUAUUGAGUUGGAUUUGACCCAUCAGUAGCUCCUAGUGUACUAGGACUCAGGAACUGUACAGGACUCAGAUUCAAAUUCAGCAGCAGCUUCUUCUAGUUCUCUAGUUAUAGUCUCUUCCAAUUCCUGCUGCAUCUUGGCAAAGAACGUCUCCACAUUAUCUUAAGUCCACCGGUGUGUGGUAGGAAUCACUAAGUUUUCUCUUGGAAUAAGAUUUCCAAUGCGAGGUGUUUCCAGCACUGGCCUCAUAGUAGGAAUGCUGAGUAAAGUUCUGCUCUGCUGGUUCUCCUCAAGAAGUUUGGCAUUCAUCUCUGUUAGCCUCUCAUUAGUCAUGUUUAAUUCAUUUUCCAAUGAAUUUCUAACUUUUAAUUCUUCCAGGUAGAGUUGCUUGUAUUUCUCCAAUUCUACUUUACUAGAAUACUGAGAAGUUUUUGUUUUGAAGAGCUCAAAUUCCAGGUCUUUAAUUCUGAGUUCCAUCUGGCUUCUUAUUGAAGCAUUAUUAUUUUCUCUGAACUGCUCUAACUCCUUGAGAUGCUGCUUGUGCUUUCCAUUCCAACUUCUUUUUAUUCUUCUCUAGUUUUUCACAUUUCUUUUGCAUUGCUUAAAUAGAUAAUAGCUCCUGUUGAAGAACUUGAUUUCUUGCAUCUAGAUAUAGAUAUUUUGAAGAAGUUUCCAAUUUUGCUGUAAGAUCAUCAAUCUUAUGUUUUAGUGUAUUAAUCUGAAUGUCCACUUCAAUUUGACUGGGUUUUAAAUCUCCAUGGAAACUAAGCUUUCCAUCUUCAUAUUCAUUUAACUUCUUUCUUGUCAUUUUUAAGUUUCUUAAGUCCAGAAAUCUCUUUUUCUAAUUCACUGUUUUUCUUCACUUCUUGAUCCAAACUGUGUUCUUGAGAUUGUUUUAACUCAGUCAAUUUCCUUAACUGUUCCUUUUCAUCCUGAGACAAAUUUGUACUUAAAAGUUUUUUCUGAAGCUGUUCAAUUUUGUCCACUUGCUUUUUGAUUACUUUGAAGUUGUCAUUUUCUAUUUCAAGCUUGACUUCUGAUUUGCCUCAAUUUCUUCUUUAAAUCCUGUGUUUCAUCUUCUAAAUUAAUUCGGUAACUUGAUGUAACCUCCAGCGAAGCCUCUGACAGAUUGCUUUUUUAGGGUAUCAGCCAGUUCUUGUUGAAGUUGUCUCAUAACUACCAUUACUGCACCGCCAGCUCGUCAGCUUUCUGCGCCGACACCUGGGGCCAUCCAUCUGCUUCUCAUGCGGCCAUCUGUGUUCCUAAGAUUUUGAUAAUUUUAUUCUUUAAAGUCUUUAAUCCAUCUGGACUGGAUGGUUUUUCCUAGAAGAGUAACUCUAAAAGGCCAUUAAUCUACAAAAGUAUUAUGAACCUAAAUAUUACUCAGGGAAAUGCAAAUUAGAGCAAUCAAUGAGAUGUCGCUUCCACUUCAUGGAGUUGACAAAAAUUAAAUCUUUUGUUAGUGGGACUUGGGAAACCAUGUACCAUUACAAAAAGGUUAUAUCAAUUAAUAUUUCCACCAGCAAUGCAGCAAUACAUUUGAAAUUAUUAAAUAAAAUUUAAAAAGGAAAACACUUUGACCCAUUGUCUCACUUUUGGGAGUCUGCCCCAUAGAAAUAGCAACAUCAGUGCAUAAGUGAUGUUUGUUGAAAUAUUGUUUGUAGAGGCAAAGAAAACCAACUGGAUAGAAAGUGAAUGCCCAUUAAUAAGGCAAUGGUGAAUAAACUGAUGCAUCCAUACUAUGGAACAGCAUGAGAGUAAUUUUUUUAAUGAGUUAUAUCUACACAAGUUGACAUCAAGGUAUUUUCACGAUGUUUUAAUAAGUAAUUGCUCUAUUACAGAGAUGUAUGUGUACAAAAUUUUAUUUUUGUUGAAGUAAUGGUCACAGUCGUAUAUGUAUAUAUGGUAAGAUGAGCAUGGAAACAGGUAUGCAAGAAUACACAACCAAACUGUUAAUACUGAUUACGUUCAGGGAGGAAAGGAAAAGUAGGGAGAUCAGAGGGGAUAGAGGGAAAAUAGAAAAAUGUAAGCAUGUAUGGUUUAAAACUCUAUGUAAAACUUUGUACUUGUGUGAACUUUCAAGAGCCAUGGAUGAAGUGAUGGCCUCCAAAAAGAACAGAGAUGAAGUGUUCCUGUGGUGGAGGGUACAUACCAUGCACAGCCUCUGGGCACUCCAUGACUUCAGGCAAUAAGCAGAGGGAGGGAAAAAGCACUGAGGCCAGAAGUCCUGAGAGGUGAACUUACCUGAUUAUGGGAUUAUGUUUGAGUUGGAGUAUCUGGUGUUUUUGGUUUGACUUUCCCAUGCUUUUCAGUAUUUUUAAUUUUUUAAUAGUUACAUAAACAGGAAAAGCCUAUUUUUCUUAUGAAACUUAUUUAAUACAUUGGUGGGGGAGAGGGGUCAUGGGUCUAAGAGCAUGGGAAUUGGUUUUGAUGCUGCCUAGAUUCCAAAGAGGUUACCCCGUACCUGAUUGCCCCCACCUCUCAGUUUCACUUGGUGAAGGUCAGGUAGAUUAGAAAUGUAUCCAAGAGUAUCUGCAACUUGUGUCCAGGCUCUAGACCAGAAGACAAAGCCUCAGAGAGAAAGUUCUACUUUCAACAAGACACCAAUGGAAAGGUCACUAUGGUUACAAGGUCUGUGUACAGCCUUACAGAACAGUACAUGAUGGAGUAUAGAGAGGGGAAACAGCCAAGGAUUCCCAAGUCCAUAAAUGAAAGCUCGGCAGUUCUGGAAAUACUAAAGAAUAGAAUAAAAAUGAGACCCCAGAGGCUGUGGCCCUAAUAUGAGAAGACCCUUAUAGACCAUGGGCCUGAUAUCUAAAAAGGAAAGAUAUGAGCUAAGCUCCAGUGGAAACUGAAGGUAAGGAAAUCAACUGUCCCUCCCCCAAUGCUAGGAUAUGUGCAUUUAAUAUUGGGAAAGGAAUAUUGGAUGAAUGAUUUGAGCUAUCACCCAUUGCAAAUGAGUAAUUUGACAUUGUGGUUAAAAUGACCCUUUCUGAUUGAAUUUUAAUGGUGGAAUGUAUUAAACUAUUACCAAGAAACUUACCUUCUUUGAAUGUAAUGUACCACUUUCUGAUUGGAAAGUUUGAGGAUUAGACCUUGAAAUACCACCCUUAAGAAACCCUGCUGUCAAAUAGUUGACAUGACUUGAUGCCAACUCUAUAGGCUGCUGCUUUCUAACUCCUAACCCUCCCCACACCUAAAUUCCACCUCACUGCACUAGAGCCAAGCAUUUCAAUAAGAGCACUGUUCAAAUGACAUAUGUCUGACUGUUACUGAAAAGUCUCCAUUGAGUUAGGAAAUGGAGAUGACUGUCUUCCUUUACUGGGUUUCAAUGGAAUGGUAAGGCACCAAAGUCUGGUUCUAGUGUGUCAUAGUAUCUGAUAGGCUUAACUUGCAUUUCCUUCAUGGCUAAUGAUUUUGAGUCCCCUUUUAGAUAUUUGUUGGUUUUUUAAGAGCCUCUUUUGAAAAGUGCCUGUUCAAGACUUUUGUCUAUUUUUUAAACUGUAAACUCUUUUUGUUCAUUUAUAGGAUUCUUUAUAUAUUCUGGAUACAAGGUAUUUUUAAAUAUUAAAAAUAUCUAAAUAGUAUUACAAAUAUCUCCCCACCUGCAGUCUGCCUUUUUAUUCUCUAAAUGAUGUCCUUUGAUGAACAGAAGUUUUGAAUUUUGAUGAAGAAUAAUUCAAUAUUUUCCUUUAUGAUUAGUGCUUUUAAGAAAACUUUUCCUGAACCAGUCAUAAAUAUAUUUUCCUACAUUUUUUCUGCAUAUCUACUGUUUUACUUUUCACUUUUAGAUUACAAUCUAUCUGAAAUCAAUUUUUAUGGUGUGGGGUAGAGGUCGAAGUAUAUCUCAUAGAAAUACACAAUUUAUUCAAAGUCCCCCUUGGUUUGCAGUGAUACUCAUGAUAAAUCAGAUGAUAUUAGGUGGGGGUCUAUUUCUAGAUUAUUUUUCUCCACUGUUCUACCGUAAAAUGUUCUUAGGAUAAGCAGAUUUAUAAGUAACUUCACAUCUGGUGGCAUAUGUGUUCUAAUUUUGUUCUUGUUUAAAAUUGUCACUGCAAUUCUAGGUUCUUGGCAUUUUCAUGUGAAGUUUUGAAUAAUUUUCAGUUGCUCAACAUAAAAAAAUUAGGACUUUAAUGGGUAUUAGUAUUACAUCAAAUAUAUAGAUAAUUUUUGAUGAAUGGAUACCUUAACAAUAUUGAGACAUCCAAUCCAUGAACAUGCUAUACCUUUUGUUUGUAUGCCUCUUCAGCAAUUUUUAAAUUUUUUCAAUGUAGAAAUUUUGAAUAUUUUUGUUAGAUUAGUCCUUUGUGUUUAAUGUUUUGAUGUUAUAUA